AUGGAAGAUAAGUGGGCACAUGGAUACAUGAGCACAGCCCAGAAGGGCAUUGGCAAAGAUACCAGGGGAGCCAAACAUCAGCUCCUGGUAGACCGAACAGUCGCCCGAGACUGCAGAACCCGAAAUACUGGAGUUUGUAGAGAUAAACUGAAGAGACAUCUGCAGCAGAGGUUCAGCCGAGUGUUUGAGGGCGUGGCUAAAGCAGGAGACUCCGCCCCCCUGACCCAGAUCUACACAGAGCUCUACAUCACAGAGGGAGGAGCCUCAGAGGUCAACCAGGAACAUGAGGUCAGACACAUGGAGACUGCAUCCAGGAGACCAGCUUCUCCAGAGACCACCAUCACAUGUGAAGACCUCUUUAAAGGCUGCCCACAUUCACAAGAGCCAAUCAGAGUGGUGCUGACAAAGGGUGUGGCCGGUGUGGGGAAAACAAUUCUGAGUCAGAAGUUCUGUCUGGACUGGGCUGAAGGCAGAGCCAACCAGGACCUCCAGCUUCUGUUCCCGUUCGCUUUCAGAGAGCUCAAUGUGCUCAGAGACACACAGUUCAGCCUGGUGGGACUGAUGCACCACUUCUUCAGUUCAUCCAAAAGUCUCUGCAAUUUCCAGCAGCUCCAGGUGCUCUUCAUCUUUGACGGUCUGGACGAGUGCAGACUUCCUCUGGACUUCAACCAAGCCCCAGUCCUGGCUGACCCCACUGAGUCUGUCUCAGUUCACAUUCUGCUGGUAAAUCUCAUCAGGGGGAGCCUACUUCCCUCCGCUCUCCUGUGGUUAACCACGCGUCCCGCUGCAGCCAAUCAGAUCCCUGCUGAGUGUGUCUCUAUGGUGACAGAGGUACGAGGUUUCGCUGACCCGCAGAAGGAGCAGUAUUUCAGGAAGAGGUUCAGAGACCAGGCCACAGCCGUCAUCUCCCACAUCAAGAGCAUCCGCAGCCUCCAUAUCAUGAGCCACAUCCCAAUCUUCUGCUGGAUCCUCUCCACAGUUAUACAGAAGCUUCUGGAACAAACAGUGACAUCAGAGCUGCCCCAGACUCUCACACAGAUGUACAUCCACUUCCUGGUGGUACAGGCUAAAGUCCAGAACAUUAAGUAUCACAAGGGAUCAGGGGUGGACCUUCACUGGACUCCAGAGACCAGGGAGAUGGUGCGGUCUCUGGGAAAACUGGCCUUUGAGCAGCUGCAGAAAGGAAACCUGAUCUUCUACGAGUGUGACCUGAGCGAGUGUGGGCUGGACGCUGCAGCGGCCUCAGUGUACUCCGGAGUGUUCACACAGGUCUUUAGAGAGGAGCUAGGCCUGUACCAGGACAAAGUCUACUGCUUCAUCCAUCUGAGUGUGCAGGAGUUUCUGGCUGCUCUUCACGUCCAUCAGACCUUCACAGAGUCUGGAGUCAACCUGCUGGAGGUUCAGCAAACUUCUUUUCUUCCUCGAUUGUUCAAAAACAAGACUGAACUGUGUUUUCUACAUCGCUCUGCUGUGGACCAGGCCUUACAGAGUCCAAACGGACACCUGGACCUGUUCCUGCGCUUCCUCCUGGGGCUGUCUCUGCCAAUGAAUCAGAGCCUGCUGCAGAGUCUGCUGACUCAGAGAAGAACUGACCAGGCCAAUCAGAAGACAGUAAAAUACAUAAAACAGAAGCUGAAUGAAAAGGGUCUGUCUGCAGAGAGAAGCCUGAACUUGCUCCACUGUCUGAACGAGCUGAACGACCACAGUCUGGUGAAGGAGAUACAGCAGUACAUGAGAGAAGGAGAUUUCUCCAGGUUAAAUUCUCCUGCUCUGUGGUCGGCUCUGUCCUUCUUGUUACUGUCCUCAGACUCAAACCUAGAGGAGUUUGACUUGAGGAAAUACCAGGCCUCAGAGACAGCUCUCCUGGGUCUGCUGCCAGUGGUCAAAGCCUCCACCAAAGCCCUUCUUUGUGGCUGUGGCCUGUCCCCUCACAGCUGUGGUCCUUUGGCCUCAGUCCUCAGCUCCUCCAGUCUCACACACCUGGAUCUCAGUCACAACGACCUCCAGGACUCAGGAGUGGAGCUGCUGUGUUCUGGGCUAAAGAGUGCUCCCUGCAGAUUGGAGACUCUCAGGCUGUCUCGAUGUCUGGUCUCAGAGAGGGGUGGGGCUGCUCUGGCCUCAGCUCUGAGCUCCGCCUCCUCGCAUUUGAGAGAGUUAGACCUGAGCUACAACCAUCCAGGACCCUCAAGAGAACUCCUGACCGCUCUACGGGACGACCCCCAUUGCCCCCUGCAGUCUCUCAGGUUGGAUCCUGCUGGAGAACAGUGGAUGGUCCCAGGUCUGAGGAAGUAUUCCUGUGAGUUUUCUAUGGAUCCAAACACAGCGCACAGAAAACUCAGGCUGUCUAAGAACAAACGAGCAGUGACCCGUGUGAAAAUGAACCAGCAGUAUCCAGAUCAUGAGGGUAGAUUUACAAGCUGCUUUCAGAGGAAUCAGACGGAGAGGAGAGAGACCAGAGUGUGCGUUUGGACGCAAUGAUCAAUCCUGGAGUCUGAAGAUCUCUCAUGGGCAUUACUCUUUCUGUCACAACAAAGGAUCACAUCCCUUUUCCUUCCUUUCCUCCUUUUUUUUCAACUACUUCCUCCCUCAUUACUUCCCCUACCGUCGCUCAGGUCAAGUGUCUGUGUUCCUGGACUCUGAGGCUGGAUCUCUGUCCUUCUAUGAGGUCCGCUCUGAUGGAGAACUGUUCCACCUCCACACCUUCAGCUCCUCCUUCACUGAGCCUCUAUUUCCUGGGUUUGGGGUGUGGAGGGAAGGUGACUCUGUGUCUGUGGUGAAUCUGAGUAGAGCGCCCCCUGGUGGACAUAUUUGACUCUUUUAUGGUAUAAUCACCCUCUCCAUCAACCUGCCCUUAAUGAG